AUGACUUUGAUUCAAGGUUUAGGAUUGAGUAUACCCCCAGUUCAAAAAAGUGACGCUAAACAUUACUCAAGUCUUGACCAUCUAUAUAAUUGUAUUUCCUAUCCAACAGUGAAGGAUGAUAUUAUUUUAGUGACUGUUGAUGCGGGUGACAAAUUACCAUCUCAAACUUUAAAUUUACACAUUUUUGAUUCAGAUGCAAAUGAUUUACGUAUCAAAAAGGGUUUAUCUCAGUCUUUUGAAUUACUUUUCACAAACUUGAAUAGUCCGAAUCAAUUUGAUGUUAAUAAUAAUUUAGUUAAAAAAUCAAAAAUUUUAAAUAAAUUGAAUCUUGGUCUCAAUACUCAUAAAUCAAAUCAAGCUAAUAAUCAAAGAACUCAAGAAGUUUUGAAUAGUCAUAAAGGUAAAUCAUUAAUUUACAUUUGUUUUGAUAAUUUAUAUAAUGAUAAAUCUUGGUCUUUUAAACCUCAAUUCCAUGAUGUUCAAGUUUCCGUUGAUAUUAAAAAUAUAACCACUAUCAAACAAACAAAUUAUAAAAACUAUGCAAAAUAUUUUCAAAUGCACCAAAAAUCAAAACUGAAAGAAGAUAAUUCACCUACAAGGGAUGAAAUUAUAAAUCAUCUUCAAAAUUUUAAUGAAGAUGAUUUCGAUAAUAAAAUUCAAUUCAUAGAAUCUGAAUUAAACAUCAUCAUUGAAAAUUUGAAAAAUUCAGAAAUUAUGCUUUCAAAUUUAAUGGAACAAGAAUUUAAAUUACGUGAUAUUAACGAAUCCAUUUAUUCUCGUUAUACAAUUCUGUCUGCAGUUUUGGUUUCAGCAAUUUGUUUAUUUGGUUUAUUCCAAAUUGUUUAUUUCAAAUGUUACUUGAAAAAAACAAAAGUUCUUUGA